AUGGUAAAUGCUCAAGAAUAUAUCAAUCACGAAUAUCCCAAAAAUAAAAGGAAUGAUGUUAGAGAGUUGAGUAUUGGGAGAAGAAAUCUUCAAGGCAUAAAUACUGAUUUAGAAGGCAAAUUAGAUUUGAGAGAAUUCGUAAAUUUAGAAAAAUUAAAUUGCUCUUGCAAUUUUCUCACUAAUCUUAUUUUGCCAAAAAAUCCAACUAAUUUAAAAGAGUUAAAUCUAGGUAAUAAUAAUUUUUCUCCCCAAGAUCUAACUUUUCUAGUUAAGGCUACUAAUUUAGAGGUAAUUAUGCUAGGAAAUAAUAAUCAUGCAAUAAUUAACAAAGGAAUUUGCAAUAAAUUCACUGGUUCACUAGGUUAUUUGAGUAGAAUGCAACAAUUGAAAUACCUUGAUAUCAGUAACACUGAUCUUAAUGAAGUAAAUGUAGAUGAGUUACCAAAUAGUUUAGAACAAAUAAUUUAUUCAACUAAAGGAAGACCAAAUUGUAAAUUAGUUCAAAUCACUCCUUACCUAAAAGAAUUUGAAGGAAAAAAAAUCCAUCCUAAUUUUACCCUUAAAUUAUGA